AACACACACAUUACAAUACAAUACAAUAUAAUCAGCCAUAUACACAUCCCCCACUUUCCUCUCUGUCUCUGUUUCUCUCUGUUUUGCUCUGCAAUGGAUUAUCUUCCAAAAUGUGAAGCAAACUAUACUCCUCUUACACCUAUGACCUUCUUGAAGAGAGCUGCCAUGGCGUAUGCCAACCGUACCUCUGUUAUCCAUGAGUCCACCUUUUUCACCUGGAGCGAGACCUACCGCCGAUGCCGCUGUCUCGCUUCUUCUCUGAUUUCUCUCAAAAUCGCAAAGAACAAUGUUGUGUCGGUGCUGGCUCCGAACAUUCCGGCUAUGUACGAGAUGCAUUUUGCGGUGCCGAUGGCAGGGGCAGUGCUUAACACAAUCAACACAAGGCUUGACGCUAAGAACGUAGCAACCAUACUUCGUCACUCCGAAGCCAAAAUCUUCUUCGUCGAUUACCAAUUCGUGCCGGUCGCGAGAGAAGCUCUCGGGAUUUUGAUGGCGGAAUCGGUGAGGAUUCCGGCGGUGGUUGUCAUUGACGACAUCAAUACCCCGACCGGACUAAGACUCGGCGCGCUCGAGUACGAACAACUCAUCAACAAAGGAGAUUCUAAUUUCGUUCCUCUAGAAAUCGAAGACGAGUGGGAUCCGAUCGCUCUUAAUUAUACCUCCGGAACGACGUCGGAGCCGAAAGGAGUGGUGUACAGUCACAGAGGAGCUUAUUUGAGCACACUGAGUUUGAUUUUGGGGUGGGAGAUGGGAACUGAAGCGGUUUACUUGUGGUCGCUACCGAUGUUCCAUUGUAACGGCUGGACCUUCACUUGGGGCGUGGCCGCGCGCGGCGGCACAAACGUGUGUAUACGCAACACAACCGCCUAUGACAUGUACCGGAAUAUCGCGCUCCACAAGGUCACUCACAUGUGUUGCGCACCAAUCGUCUUCAACAUCCUCCUCGACGCGAAGCCCGAGGAGCGCAGUGAAUUAACCUCUCCAGUUCAAAUCUUGACCGGCGGCGCGCCACCUCCUGCUUCUCUGCUGCAAAAGAUCGAACAGUUGGGCUUCCAAGUCACGCACGCAUACGGCCUGACCGAAGCAACAGGGCCUGCGCUUGUGUGCGAAUGGCAAGCGAGAUGGAACCGAUUACCAAUCGAAGAUCAAGCCAAGAUCAAAGCGAGACAAGGCCUCAGCGUCCUCACACUCUCCGACGUCGACGUCAAGGACGCAGACACAAUGGCGAGUGUGCCUCGCGAUGGGAAAACUAUCGGAGAAAUUGUGCUGAAAGGGAGUAGUAUAAUGAAAGGUUACUUGAAAGAUGAAGAAGCGACGGCGAAAGCAUUCAAGAACGGAUGGUUUUUCACUGGCGACGUUGGGGUGAUUCAUCCGGAUGGGUAUUUAGAAAUCAAGGACAGAUCGAAGGAUGUGAUCAUAUCAGGCGGUGAGAACAUAAGCAGUGUAGAAUUGGAGAAUGUGCUUUAUAAGCAUCCGAGAGUGCUGGAGGCGGCGGUGGUGGCAAUGCCACACCCAUUGUAUGGAGAGAGUCCUUGUGCUUUCAUUGCUGUGAAGAAGAAUCAAACAUCGGGAAAAACUGAUGAUGUGAGUGAAGGUGAGAUUGUUGCUUAUUGCCGGAAAAACUUGCCAAGUUUUAUGGUGCCGAAGAAGGUCGAAUUCAUGGCGCAAUUGCCCAAAACUUCGACUAACAAGAUCCAGAAGUUCCAAUUGAGGGCGCUGGCUGAGACUUUCAUCAUCUCCGAUGAGAAGAACACAUCGAGACAGCCUCGACAACAACUACGGAAUCCGCCAUUGUCUCGUCUGUGAAGCACACACGGCUCCAUUUCAAAUAAAACUUCCACAAAUUAAAGAAAAAAAAAAUACUUUUGUUAUAAACAAAACAAAAUGUUUAGUUUUGAUUUUGGUGAGCGAUCUUGGUGUUUGGAUCAGUGAAUUAAUUUAAUGUGGGUAUAUAUAAUUAGUCACAGUGUUUGAUUUUCCUUUCUUUAGUUUACCGUUCGUGUUUUGUAAUCCACUAGUUUGCUGGCCCGAAUGCCUGUUAUGGCCUCCACUUCUAUUACCCGAAAUUCGGUAUUUGAAUACAUAUAUAUUUGGUCAUUGA